UUCUCAUUCCCUUUUCAACACUCACACAUACAAAACUGGGAUAGCAAAAGUUCAAUUUAAUUCGGUAGCUCGCAGGCGACGGAUCGCAUUUUUCUUAGCUUAAAUGGUACUUUUUUUAUACAAUGCCAAAAUCAGCGCAACCUGACCACGGCGAGGACCAAAUGUCAGAUCUCGGUGACAUGAAAAUGGAUCCAGAACGUCGCCAGCACGUACCCUACAUAUUGAACGGUGAGCUCUAUCGCAUCGAAAGCCAGAUUGGCGACAAUGUGACUGUCAAAUGCUGUUCUUGUCCGCCGGAUAGAAUUUAUCGGGGCAGUGUGCGCUCUACUGGGAACUUUCACAUGCAUAUCAAGCGGAGGCAUGCAUCUUUGCUGGGCAAAUUGCAUGAAAUGAAAGUGGCAGCAUUGGUGGAACGACGGGAUCGAAUUAUGAAAAACCGACGCAUUGCCAAAUGUCGCAAAAAAUCCACAUCGUCGGUCGCUAUUUCAGCAUUAGCUGCAGUUACCGCCGCCUCGUCCAUAGAAGUGCCAACGAGCACAGAAACACACGAGCUAAAAAUUAAAACGGUAUUUCAACGACACAAGCAAGAGCAUCACGAACAGGAGGAAGCAGCGGCCAUACGAACAUCAAUUUCAAUCAGCGAUUCUUCGAUGGACCAUAGUCAAAGCUCGGACAAACUAUCCAUUGCGGCCUCAAAGCAGGACAACAAUAAUAAUAGUAAUGUUACAUACAAUGAUAAUAAUAAUCAGGAUGUGCAAAGCCUAUCCAAUCUGAGGUCAAGAAUGGUAAGCCCCACAUUCGAGGUAAAUCCAGAUAUUGGAAAUGCAAUCGGUUUGCCAGCCAUGGUCAGUAUACCGCGCAUGCCUCCUUUCAAUGCGAUCAAGCCGGAACAGCAACAACAAAUACUAAGCGAGCAGCCGGAAGCAAUAGAUCUAAGCAGAAGCUCAUCAAUGCAAAGCGAUGACAUGGAGCAUGGAGUCUUCACCCAAACGGUGCAGAAUGUUCAAAUUGGCAUAUCGCGUGCACACGAACUAACUCCAUUUGUUAAUGGACCCCCGCGCGAAAUUUUGAUGCGGAUUGACAACACUUUGGCCGAUAUUAAGGAUGAACUACAGGCACGCAAUGAAAUCGAGCGUAAACGCUUAUUAUUCGACGUAGCUAAGUUUCAGUUUCUACAUCCGAAUUUCAAUUUUGAAUCUAAUAAAUAAUAAUAAAAAACCUA